AGUGUCAAACCCCGUCCUCCUCUUGACAAGAAGUGUAGAAAAUUCAAUAAGGCAUUUUAAUGAAAACAGAACAGUUUUUUCCUAUUAUUUUGGUACAGUUGUGCAUUUUUGAAGCCGAAAAAAGGUUUCCCCAUUUAGCCAUUUGCUAGAGUCACACGAUUGAGUAGCGUGCAGGAGGAAAACAAUAAUCCCUAGCCGAAAACAGUUGUUGCACCCAGUGUAGAUGUGUCGCGAUUUGGCGAAGUUAGUUGAAACCUGCGGCCUCUCUCUACCCACGACUUUUGCUGAAGGUGUAGUAAAGUGCUGGUAAACAGUUGCGCAAAACAGAAAAUGCACACAGCCGUGGGAGAACCUUGCCAGCGUGUGGUGUGAAGCGAAAUUUGUAUAGACCCUGUGUCGGAAUGUUCUGCGCCACUGCCACCGCCGCUAUACUCCAAGACAGACGUCGCGUAUCGGUUUGGUGUAGAAAUUAAUUCUGAACGGAUAGGUUAAGCAAAAAAAAAAGAAAAGGUUGCAACAAGAAUUGUUGGCUGUCUCGAUCGUCGUCAUCGCUGUUCGCUGGAGAGACGUGAAACAAGCCGUGUUUUUGCUAGACAGCAUCCGUGGAAAAAAGGGUAGAAAGCUUAUCCGUGGCAACAGCAUCGUGUUGUCGUCGUCGUCGUCGUCGUUGGUGAUGCAAUGCGAUCAGUGCUUCUAACGUAAGGGCAAUCUCGUUUUGUUAUUACUUUUUCCCAUCGGUAGCUGCCCUCAACGAGCUCCAUUGGAACCAUUGCGAGACUGUGAAUAUAAAAACCACUGACAAGCAGUUUGUCUCCUGUUGGCACUGUGUAUCGACCGAGAAUAUUGUUAGCAAGUACAGUUUGAGACAGACCGUUCCUUUGCCAGAUCGCUGGUUUGCUUAAAAAAAGAAGACUCAACUGGAAGCACCAAUUGUCAUGAUCACACACACAUAGUUUAUCUCUGUGUGUUGUUGCCUGCUGCUUCACCCGUUGUUGGUAACCAGCAGAGCUUGGAAAUGGUUCGGUUCUAUUUCCGGCCAUCUUCAUCAUCGUACUGCUUGCCAUCGGGUGGUGCGAACAGUGUCGCCUGAUUGGUACCUGGCGCAGGAAUCCUCGUCUUCCGCUGGUCCACCGUGGCUGAACUGAAGGCCGGCAAACGGUUACGUAAUAAUAAAAGCAGCAACAUACCCGGCUGGGUAUAUUGGAUUUAGUAUAACAACAGUGCGCUUGGCCACUGCUUAUCGAAGUCGACCUUGGCAACAAAACGAACAGAAAAGCAGGCAAGUAAAGCGCGCGCGGCCUGGUGCGAUCGAACGUGUCAAUUAGUGCAGUUGCCUCCCGAAUAGAAAACGCAGAAAAGUAACCAAAGCAACCUCAUCGACGGUUUCUAGUGCGCCAGUAAAAGGCCCCCCGUGCAAGAGAACGUCACACUUAAUUGGUCACACACCAGUUAUUUUCGCCAUUUGGCAGUAACAGCUCAAGCCAACUAGCCUGUGCGCCCCCACUCAGUCGACUUCGUUCGCGGUUUUAGUUUUUUCCUUCGCGGCAAAGUUUUGUUGCUGUGGGCAAACCAUUUCUUGCCUUCCGACAUUUGCGUGCAGCUUUCCAAAGGCGCGCAUUUGUUGCACCUUGCUUCCGUUCGCCGUCAGCACAAUCAAACCAAACAAUCGGGGCUCCGGGGCUGCCCGACCGUUCACUGGUAGGACACGACGCGACUGUCCUUAAACUGUUGUUGCUCUGCUCUUCCGCACGACCGUCGUCACCGUCGCCACACAGGAACGCCGAAGCAACGUGGUGUGAAAAGUACACAAGAGAAAACAAACCAACGCACCACCGUCGGUUUUGUUUUGCGCAUCCAUUGCAAAAGGCCUUACGAGUAUUUACAAAACACAGAUCAUCCGGUUGGUGCGGGAACUGCGGUGGUGCGAAGCAGGGACAUUCUUCUGCGUCUCUCAACAAGCGUGUGUCGUGCGCAUCGUAUGUUUGUGCAGGUAGUUCGACGUACGGAGCGAAUGCAAACGCGAGUACAUGUGCCCAGCGUACUGUUGUCCUGCGAGUGUGCCAAUUUCUUGUAAGAACGGAAACAUCCCGUGCCCGGAUCCGGCAGGCAUCAGCAUUACAUUCGGCAUUUUCUUCCGCAAGCAGUAGUGUGUUCUAGCGGCUACAGCCAUGGCUUUCAACGAGAAAGUCGACCCGGAGCUUAUCUUCACAAAGCAGGAGCGUAUAGGCAAAGGAUCCUUCGGUGAAGUAUUUAAGGGUGUUGACAACCGGACUCAGCAGGUGGUCGCAAUUAAGAUCAUCGAUCUCGAAGAAGCUGAAGAUGAAAUCGAAGACAUUCAACAGGAAAUUAUGGUGCUAUCGCAAUGUGACUCACCAUUUGUCACCAAAUACUUCGGAUCAUAUCUUAAGGGCACCAAGCUAUGGAUCAUCAUGGAAUAUCUCGGCGGUGGAUCCGCCCUAGACCUCAUGAAAGCGGGUCUCUUCGAGGAGAUGCACAUCGCCAUCAUACUGCGCGAGGUGCUCAAAGGUCUGGACUACCUGCACUCGGAGCGCAAGUUACACAGGGACAUCAAGGCGGCUAACGUGCUGCUGAGCGAACUGGGAGACGUGAAGCUGGCUGACUUCGGCGUUGCCGGUCAGCUCACAAACACCACUUCCAAGCGAAACACCUUCGUUGGAACACCCUUCUGGAUGGCACCGGAAGUGAUAAAGCAGUCCAUGUACGAUUCCAAAGCCGACAUCUGGUCGCUAGGUAUUACCGCAAUCGAGCUGGCGAAAGGUGAACCACCCAACUCGGAGCUGCAUCCGAUGCGGGUAUUGUUUCUGAUUCCGAAGAACAAUCCACCUCAGCUAACCGGUAGUUAUACGAAGCCAUUCAAAGAUUUUGUCGAAGCGUGCCUAAAUAAAGAUCCAGAAAAUAGACCAACAGCAAAGGAACUGCUAAAGUUUCCUUUCAUUAAGAAAGCGAAGAAAAAUUCUUACCUAAUCGAUCUAAUCGAUCGGUACAAAAAAUGGAAGUCUCAAAAAGGCGAAGAAAGUGAAACAGAAUCAGAAAAUUCGGAUUCUGAGGACUCGAAACAGGAUAGCGAUCUCGAUGAACCGUGGAUAAUGACGGUGAAGGGAUUGAAUUUUAAUAACUUUAAUAAAAAUGUGAUGGAAGACCCGCUUGGAUCACCGGUAAAACACAAUGGUACCAGCAAUGUCGGUGGUGUCAGCUCGAACCGUGAUAGGGAUUACAAUUUGAAUCAACAUAAAACAAGUCAGCCACGACCAUCUUCAUCGCCAUCGCAUCAGUCCUCUUCGACGCUGAUUGCAGCCAACAAUACCACGAACACCAGUCCAAUCAUUGUGGAUUCGCGCAAGGAGCGCGAACUGCAAAAUCAAAUCUCUGCUUUGCAGCUGCAGAAGGAGAAAGAAGCGAGCUUAGAACGACAACAGCGAGAUCAUCGCCUGGAGCGCGAAUCAGAAUGGGAAAAGGAUCGCGAAAAGGAGCGAGAACGGGAGCGUGAUCGAGAAAGGGAGCGAGAUCGCGAACGCGAACGAGAUCGCGAACGAGAGCGAGAUCGCGAACGAGAGCGUGAGCGUGAGCGAGAUCGUGAUCGUGAUCGUGAACGUGAGCGUGAUCGCGACCGUGAACGGGAUCGGGACCAUCGUGAACGGAUAGAUCGCGAUCAUCGAGAAAAGGAUCGUGAUAACAAAGAGCGAAAAAUGGUUGCCUCCGACAGCCUGAGCGGAUCGGGCAAUGAGAACGAGAAGCGCAGUAGCAGUUUGCGGCGCGAACGGGAUUCGCCCAGCCACAACAACACAAGCAGCAAUGGCAACUCGCGCACCAACAGUAUUACGAAUGUAAAUAACAACUCCAGCAAAAGCUCGAGUCGAUCGUCCUCCACGACGACGCCAACUACGACGACGACGUCAACAAACAGUGGUUGUCUUAAGGCAAUUAUUUUCCCUCUUUUAUCUGAGAUGCAGCGAAAUUAUAACAGUGGUUCCGACAUGGGAGACCUACGGCUGGCCUUCGAGAGCGCCGAACGGAGUAGUCCGGGCGUGAGUGAUCUGUUUGUGAAGGAAAUCAUCCACAAGCUUGUGCCCGGUUUCUCCGAGACGCGAAUCAAUACGCUUAUAGAUAAAGUGACACGGUAGGUUCUGUUCCAAUGCACUAACGGAACCCCACUAUCCUUAUACGGUACGGGCGCGAUCGGUGUGGAUGUGUGAUGAUGAUGGUGAUGGAAUGGUUUUCUAGUGCUAAAUCGUUCGUUUGUUACUAGUAUGUAAAAAAACAACAAUACUUUCCCAAGGUAGUGUACACAAAUUAAAGCCGUAAACUUUUGUAUUAUGAAAUGUUGUUUGUUUCCGAUUGGUUCCCAAAUUAAACCGUUCUCGGAGACAACUACAAACGAUCUUGUAGCACUGGUGCGCAGGUUCCGAAUGUAAUAUUUUCACAACUUUUUGGCUGGUUCACUAAUACUUCUUCAAACCCACUGUAUUAAAAUCACUAAUUUAGUGUUGUAAGAGGAUUUUUUUCUAACACUGCUCAUACCAAUGGAGUGUUUGCACUGCAAAUGGUUGUAGAGGUUGGUCUUCUUCAGUCGGAGUUGAAUACGUUUGUCAUUUAUUUUUGUCGUAUUUCCUACACACUUUCGACUACUUUCAGUGAUUCCAGAGUAAAGCGAUAAAAAAGCGGUAAACAAGGAAUUUUUUGGGUGUUGUGUUUUGUACCAAGAGUGAAUACUGUGAGUACUGAUCACAUGAUCUUGUUACGGCAGCUGCAAAGUAUUCAGUACAGUAUGGAUUGGAAAGAACGCUGAGUCGCUUAGAAUACGGUCAUGAACUUACCUGUUCAUAGCGUACCGUUAAUCAAUGUAAUAGUUGGUAUAAAGCAACCAAUUCAAAGUUCUUAUCGCGGUGGUGUACCUAAUCUGCAAGAUCGUUCUGGAAUUGUACGACGAGAUCUUUCCGAAGAAAAGGUUCUUGUUUUGUCUUAGUUUGGUUUUAGUUUAGCGUAUUUAACCGUCAGGGGGUACUAUCCUAACAGUUAAAAUCGGACGUAAACCCUAAUAAAAAAAACCCAUACCUGUAUCGCGGUCGAAUGCAUAGUCGUGUAAUUUUUGUUUGUUUUCGUUAUACUUUCUGCGCAAUGUUAAUUAAACUAUUGAACAAUAAUAUGUAAAAGAUGAAAUGAAGAAAAUAACGUAUUGAAACUGUAAAACAAUUAGAAUAUUUAAGUGACAAUUCUAAAACUAUGUUACGGUAUCGCAAUAAAAACAAAAAGUCUAUGAAACCUA